CCCAUAAAACAGGAGACAGUUUCCUUCAUUCGGAGUCUUCCUAACGUCAGUGCUGAACGUGUGCAUGCUGAGUUCUUAUCCGAGACUUUUCAUAUUGUUUGACUGCAGAUCUGAUUUGCAUCCACUGUAACCGGUAUUGCUUACCUAGGACUUUCUGGAUCCAGACAAGGGCUUCAGCGUUCACUUGCACCUCGGCAAGAAGAAGACUGACAGUAACUGCGGAUUCUUUGGUGGAGGACAACAUAACUCUCUGGUUUUGUCCCCGACGAUGCAAGUGUGAUUGCUGGCAUCUUCAUGAGCUCCAGAGGUCACAGUACACUACCACGGACUCUCAUGGCUCCUCGGAUGAUUUCCGAGGGAGACAUAGGAGGCAUUGCUCAGAUCACCUCCUCUCUCUUCCUAGGCAGAGGCAGUGUGGCCUCCAACCGGCACCUCCUCCAGUCUCGUGGCAUCACCUGCAUCGUUAAUGCUACCAUUGAGAUCCCUAAUUUCAACUGGCCCCAAUUUGAAUAUGUUAAAGUGCCUCUGGCUGACAUCCCGCAUGCCCCCAUUAGACUGUACUUUGACACCGUGGCCGACAAGAUCCACAGUGUGAGCAGGAAGCAUGGGGCUACCUUGGUGCACUGUGCUGCCGGGGUGAGCCGCUCAGCCACACUCUGCAUUGCUUACCUGAUGAAGUUCCACAAUGUGUGCCUGCUGGAUGCGUACAACUGGGUGAAAGCCCGGAGGCCUGUCAUCAGGCCCAAUGUGGGCUUCUGGAGGCAGCUGAUAGACUACGAGUGCCAGCUUUUUGGGAAGACAACAGUUAAGAUGGUACAGACACCUUAUGGUGUAGUUCCAGAUGUUUAUGAGAAAGAGUCCCGACACCUGAUGCCUUACUGGGGGAUUUAAUGCCACCAAAGCCUGCAUCAGCAGCCCCUUGAGCAGUACCAGCAUCUGCUAUACACCAUCUGCUCCCCUCUUCCUCUUUCUUUUCAAAUGGUUGAUUUUCGGUUUUCCCUCAAGUGUUUUUACACUUGGUAUUCAAGUUUAAGUGAUAGUGAGGGGACAUAAGGGGAAUACAUUUGCUAGUAACAUUUUUAAAAACUAGCAUUUUGAAAUAGUGUUUAUGAAAAUCUUUAACUGGCUUUUAAUCAUUUUUAACAACUUGACAGUUUAAUAAACUGUUUGGUUCUGCUCUAUUCUGAAUCCCAUGCCUUUUGGCACCAUGGCAGGUACAGAAGGAGUUCAGUCCAAAAAAAUCGCUGAGUCCUGAUAACUCUUUAGGGACAAGCUUCGCCCAAGGCUGCUCAGCACACAGAUGCUUAGGGGAGAUCGACACCAGCUUCAGUCUCUACUGGAUUAGCCCUAGUCUUUCCUUUGUCCUUUAUUAUUUAGUGACUAAGUUAACAUAAGUAAACCUUUAUUAUUUAGUUGAUAAGUAAUUAUAAUGAAAUCUACUGCAAAGACUCUCUUGAAAUCAAUGUGUCCCAGGAUUAUAUUAGCAUUAUUUUUAAUAAAUAUAUGUGCUUAACAUA